AUGGGAAACCCCAAAAAAAAAAAAAAAAGGAACCUGCAAGAAUAAAUAUAUACUACAAAUGAGCAAACGCUAAGAGAUACUCGCAUUCAAUGGCUAUCACCAAUCUCCCAAUUACUAACUCACUGGAUACUGGAACUCCACUUCUAGAUGACGCCGUUGAUGGCUGCGUUGACUAUAAAGGCCGCCCCGUUCACCGAUCCAGCUCCGGCGGCUGGAGGUCGGUAUCUUUCGUUAUAGGCGUUGAAGUUGCUGAGAGUUUUGCUCUAAAUGGAAUCAUCUCCAAUCUUAUAACUUUCUUAACGGGACCGCUCGGUCAGUCCACCGCCACGGCGGCUGAAAACGUUAACGCUUGGUCGGGUGUGGUUUCACUACUUCCUCUUCUGGGAGCAUUUAUAGCCGAUUCUUUCCUUGGCCGUUACCGCACCAUUGUUGUUGCUUGUCUUAUCUAUAUCAUGGGACUAGGCUUGCUGACAUUGUCAGCUACUAUUCCUUUUGAUGCCACUUCUGCCAGCCUAAGCAGCAAUAAUAUGACAUCAUAUUCAUCACAUUCAUUCCAAGUAAUCUUAUUUUUCUUCUCACUAUAUCUAGUAGCACUUGCCAAUGGUGGGUACAAACCAUGCAUUCAAGCGUUUGGUGCAGAUCAGUUUGAUGGAGAAGACCCAGAGGAGUGCAUGGCCAAAAGUUCAUUCUUCAAUUGGUGGAAUUUUUGUCUGUAUGGUAGCACCUUAGUAGCCCUUUGGAUCUUAAAUUACAUCCAAGACAACCUCGGUUGGGCUCUUGGAUUUGGAAUCUCCUGCAUAGCAAUGAUAGUUGCGUUGAUUGUUUUCCUGGUUGGAACAAAUACUUACCGGUACAGUCACAUAGGGAACAAGAAAAGCCCGAUUAUUAGAAUAUGUAGGGUAUUCAUUGUGGCAGCUAGGAACCGGCGAGCAAUGUCUUCAGCAAUAGUUACUAGAGAAGAAGCUUGUGGAACACUACCUAAUGAAGGUUCCAAGCAAUAUGGAUUCCUGAACAAGGCUUUGCUUGCACCUGAUGGUUCCAUGGAAUCUGGGAAGGUUUGUACCACUGGGGAAGUUGAAGAGGCAAAGGCUAUGCUGAGGCUUGUUCCAAUAUGGGCUACCUGCCUGAUAUUUGCUGUUGUUUAUGGACAGUCAUCAACUUUCUUUACCAAGCAAGGAGCUACCAUGGAUAGAUCAAUUACAAUUGCAUUUGAGAUACCUUCUGCUUCACUUCAAUCAUUCAUCAGCUUAACCAUUGUUCUCUUCAUUCCCAUUUAUGACUGGAUUUUUGUUCCUUUAGCAAGAGCCAUGACUGGGAAACCUGCUGGCAUUACUUUACUGCAGAGAAUUGGUACUGGGAUGUUUUUGUCUGCCGUAUCAAUGGUGAUUGCUGCUUUAGUGGAGAUGCAGAGGCUUAAAAUUGCCGAAGAAUCUGGGCUGGUUGAUAUGCCAAAUGGGACAGUUCCAAUGAGCGUGUGGUGGUUGGUUCCUCAGUAUGUCUUGCUUGGUAUAGCGGAUGUAUUCACCCUCAUUGGUCUUCAAGAGUUAUUUUAUGGUCAGGUCCCAAUUGAAUUAAGAAGUGUGGGUCUCUCACUCUACCUUAGUAUUUUUGGUGUUGGAAGCUUUCUAAGUAGUUUUCUUGUCUCUUCCAUUGACAAGGCAACUGGCAUGGAUGGUCACUAUAGCUGGUUUGCUAAUAAUCUGAAUCAUGCACACCUUGAUUAUUUCUAUUGGCUGCUUGCUGGACUCUGUAUCGUAGAAUUGGCUACUUUCAUGUACGUUUCAAAAUCGUACAUUUAUUAUAGGGGACGUACAUUGUAAAUGUUGUCUUUUGGUUUUUCACCUUUUCUCAUUACUUCUAACUAGUAAGCCAUUCUUGGGGGGAGAAUACAAGCAAGCA